CAAUUUCAAAAUGCAUUCCUUUUGCAGCUUCGAGAUUGUAUCCAAAAGACCUUGAAUGAGUGGAGCUCCCAAAUCAGCCCUGAUUUGGUCAGGGAGUUUCCAGAUGUCUUGGAAUGUACUGUAUCUCAUGCAGUAGAAAAGAUAAAUCCCGAUGAAAGAGAAGAAAUGAAAGUUUCUGCAAAACUGUUCAUUGUAGGAUCAAACUCUUCAUCAUCAAUUAGAAGUGCAGUUGACAUGGCCUGUUCCGUCCUUGGAGUUGCACAGCUGGAUUCCGUGAUCAUUGCUUCACCUCCUACUGAAGAUGGAGCUAAUCUUUCCUUGGAGCAUUUGCAACCUUACUGGGAGGAAUUGGAAAACUUAGUUCAGAGUAAAAAGAUUGUUGCUAUAGGUACCUCUGAUCUGGACAAAACACAGCUGGAACAGCUGUAUCAGUGGGCCCAGGUAAAACCAAAUAGUAACCAAGUUAAUCUUGCCUCCUGUUGUGUGAUGCCACCCGAUUUGACUGCAUUUGCUAAACAAUAUGACAUACAAUUAUUGACUCAUAAUGAUCCAAAAGAACUGCUUUCUGAAGCAAGUUUCCAAGAAGCUCUUCGGGAAAGCAUCCCUGACAUCCAAGCACAUGAGUGGGUGCCACUGUGGCUGCUGAGAUACUCAGUCAUUGUUAAAAGUAGAGGAAUCAUCAAAUCAAAAGGCUACAUCUUACAAGCUAAAAGAAGGGGUUCUUAACUAUGACUUAGGAUCAUAACCCACUGACUUGUAUUUCUUCGAAUAUAAGAUAAAAUUGAAAUGUGUAAAAAUCUAAUUACCGCAGUGUCAUUGAGGCAGAUAUCCUUUAGUUAUAUCUGACAUGUUAUCUGUCAAGUUUUGAAUACUUCUCUUGCCUCCUAUCACUCACUGAACCUCUGUAUUGUUUUCAUUAAACUAUUGUUUUCUAAUUGAAAUUAUCUACAAAGAAAAUAUUUGCAAUAUAUUUUUCCUUUAUUUUUAUGACUAAUAGAAAUCCAGAAAAUUUGUUGUUAGAUAUAUUUUGGCCUAGGCAUCAGGGUAAUGUAUAUACAUAUUUUUUAUUUCCAAAAAACUCAUUAAUUGCUUCUUACUCUAUAGUAUAACUAAGCAAUUAGGUUACAAUUGUUAAAACUGAAAUACUGGAAGAUAUUUUUCCUGUUGAUGAUUAUAUCUCAGAGUAACUGGAGUAGCUGGGAUCUAGUAGUACUGUAAAUAAAAUUCAUUUCUUUAAUACA